UUUGUUUGCAGUUAAAUUUAACGUGCAGCAUUUUUAAAGAACAAACAUCUGAAUAUAAUUUCCAACACCAGUCCGCUGGACACCACAGGAACAAUAAGUGAGUAAUACUGCCUCUUCUGAACUCUGCCACAGAUUCAAAAAAGAAUAAUUCCUAAAACCUUAUCUCAUUUAUAUAAAUAUUUACUCAUGAAUAUAUUUAUAUUCAAAUGAAGUGUGCCGAUAAUGAAGACAUUUUAAUGCAUACGUCCAUAUUCACAAGAAAAAGCAUGUGAUGAUCAACACUAUUGUUUCAUCAACUUCAUACUCAAUGUAUCUUUUUCUGAUAGUUAAUCAGAUUAUGGCCCACCUUCCUGAAUUUUAAAAUAUUACAGUCCCAUUGAGAUUAAGAAUCCUGUUUUUCAAGAGCGAGCCAAGACAGGCAACCGCAUACAUUUAAAACCACAUUUAAUAUUAUUGUUCUAUUCAAAAGGAUAAAACAAUUGAUAAUCAACCCUCUGUUUUAUCAGCUUAAUACCUGGUUUUCUAUAGAUAUCUGAUUUUCUGUAGAUCAGAUUUUGUGAUCUCAAUGGGACCUUUUAUUUAAUUUGGAGGUAUAACCUUUAGGCUAUUGAAGACCUAGCUAAAACGUUUAAAAAAUAAGCAUAGGUAACAUUUUAAAAUGAAAUAAAAGAGUCGGUUACAUAACCUGGUCCACUUCAAAACAUUACAAUCAUUUUGAGUUUUAAUUAAUUCUGUACUAUAACUCCCACAGUGUGGAUGAACUGUGUAACGGUGUAAGUAACCAGGUGUGUUUUGAUGAAGAAAUAUUUUAUUAACCGUUUUCAACGUCCACUAGACAAUUUGUGUUCUGACAUAUUGUUGUAAAAAGGGAUGGUUUACAUGUAAUCUGCGUAACGUAGUCAGAUUACAAAGAAAUUAACUAUAAUCAUCCCAUAUUACACAUGAAAAUGUGCAAUCAAAUGCUACAUUACAAUCUCAACCUGAAAGUUACUUGUAUCUUUGUUAAAACUAUGUGAGAGAAUUCAUUUUUCUUCCAUAAAUCAGAAUCCAGUGUUCAAUUCAAUCACGACCAACGGCAGGAAAAAUAAACCACAGAUGAAAGUAAUUAAGGCAGAAGAAAGUAAACAUAUUGCUUUACUGUUUCAACCAUGGAUGUAUUAAGAGAACCGUAGGCUUCUAGCAUUAAUGCGACAGCAGCCGUUCUCCAGCUGCUGUGUGGGUUUUACUUUGUCCAAUAGUUACUCAGCUACAGACCACGUGUCUCCUGGUCUGGACCAAUCAGCGCUGCCCUGGCUCCGGCAGUUCCUUUAUAAAGCCGCUGUUCAUUCCGAAUAGUAUUCAUUUUUGAGCUGUGAGCACUGAGAAACUAAAAUGGCCAGAACCAAGCAGACUGCCCGUAAAUCAACCGGAGGUAAAGCCCCCAGGAAGCAGCUGGCCACCAAGGCUGCCCGUAAGAGCGCCCCGGCCACCGGCGGCGUGAAGAAGCCUCACCGUUACAGGCCCGGUACCGUGGCUCUGAGAGAGAUCCGUCGCUACCAGAAAUCCACGGAGCUGCUGAUCCGCAAGCUGCCCUUCCAGCGCCUGGUCCGAGAAAUCGCUCAGGACUUCAAGACCGACCUGCGCUUCCAGAGCUCCGCCGUCAUGGCUCUGCAGGAGGCCAGCGAGGCUUACCUGGUCGGCCUGUUCGAGGACACCAACCUGUGCGCCAUCCACGCCAAGAGGGUCACCAUCAUGCCCGAAGACAUCCAGCUGGCCCGCCGCAUCCGUGGAGAGAGGGCUUAAACUGACCUGAGAUCAGCCUACAGCCACAUACAAACCCUGACAGAGCAACAGUCCUGAAACAAUAGCUACAGUUUCAUAUAAUUUAAUGUGACAAACCCAUAUGGUAGAUCUUUGUCUCGUAUGUAC